AUGGCUGAUGGAGUAGGGGAGCACACUGAACCAACAUGGGAAACCAAGUUUAAUGCUGCCUUCGACGAGAUAUGUGCAGCGUUCUGGAGUCGGAUUGCAGCCCGGGCAGAGCAAACGCUGCCGCCUAUCACCCACACGGCACAGCUCCAGAUGGAAGCUUUAUCAGCGACCAGCUCCACUGAACUCACAAGCCCAGCCAUGCACAUGGACGACGCUGCAGUCUCCGCCACAUGCCCUUCUUCUGAGCUGGGUACUCACAUGGAGGUACUCCUCUAA